AUGAAAUCCAAACACAAGAGCCUAUCUCCACUCACGAAUGUUGUCCGAAAACCACAGGUUACUCAUCAAGGACUUCUAUUUCGUGAGAUUCCUACCCCUGCUUCACCAUCUUCAAAGAAACGAAGGGCAACUGAUAUGGCUAAACACAUUUCUAAGAAGAAGAAGAAGAAAAGCAAAAUGAUCAUCUCUUCUGAGUCUACUACUGAUGAAGAUGAAACAAUUCCAGAAACUCCAGAAGUUGAUCUUCACAAACAAUCUUCUACUCCUGCACAAACAGAUGUUAUACCACCCGAAGAUUCAGUUGCCAAGUCAGUUUCUGAGGAGGCACGAAAUCCUGACAUUCUUGUAAACGAUGUUAUCUCAGAAAUUGUUGUUUCUUUUCCUCCACAACUCACACCUAUCGUUCCUACUACUUCCACCACUGAUUCUCCUACCUUCGAAAACAUUAUCAAACAACCAAUUACAUCUCUUUUUUCUUCACAAUCCACUUAUCCACCAACAACAACUUCACCAAUUCAAGAUUCUAAUUUUAAGGACACUGGGCAUGAAUCAAAAGGUUUUGGAGGGAUGUUUGAAAAUUUGGAGUUUGAUGAAGAAGAAACUGUUUUGCCAGAUCACAUGCUAAUGACCAUGAAGCAGUUCAAGAUUUUGAAUACAAAGCUCAACCCUAUUCUUUAA